AUGGCGACGAGGAGGAGUUUUUUUACGACGACGGGACGACAACAACAACAAAUCGGUGGUUUAAGAAGAAGAAGAAGAAGCAACAGAGUUGUUGGAGUGAGGAACAACAACAACAACAUCAACAAAAAUGUGUUUGACGAAUCUUCGACGACGACGGAAACGAGUAGCAAUUAUGAGGAGGAUAACGAAAGAAAGAAAUUGAACGUGGCAAUUGUUGGCGCGGGGUUUGCGGGGUUAUCGUGCGCGUAUAACGUGAUACGACGGUGUAGUAGAGGCGAAUUUAUCAGUUCGACGAAGAGUAAUAACGAUGGCGUGAACGUGACGGUAUUCGCCGCCGAACAUGCUGGUCAGGGCGGCGCGUCCUCCAUCGCCGCGGGGUUGUUACAUCAAAGAACGCCGAAAGGGUCAAAAAUGCCGUACGGUUCCGUCGGGUACGCGAAGACGUUGGAGAUGUUGGAGAAGUGUCAAAAGAUUGAAGACAUGAUGGUCGAUCCGGAUUUGAACGUGAGCGGUAUUGAUUUUCGGUUCAGCGGCGAGUUGAGGGACGUGCAAAGAGGGAAGAUGUUUAGGAAUGUUGGGUGUUUGAAACCGGCGAGGACGGAGAAGGAUGCGAUUGGCAUCAGGAAGAACGUUUUGAAUACUGAUAAUAAUACUAAUGGUGAAGAAAAAGAAGAAGACGCGAUUCGUUUUGUCGAGAGAGAGGAAAUCGAGGUGGAUUUGCUUCGAUUACGAAACAAAGGAGAAGAAGGAGGAGACGAAGAUGAAGAUGCGAACAAGGAAAACAACAUCAACAACGCGUGUGGAUUUUUCGUCGAAAAUGGCAUCGUCGUGGACGCGCAAAGGUAUUUGGAAGCUUUAAAAGUUUUGAUUGAAUUCGAGGCGGCAAAAAACGCGCACGCGAACGUUUCGUUCGCGUUUAAGAAGCGACGCGUGGAGAGUCUCGAGGAGAUUGCGAACGAGUCGUUCGACGCUAUCGUAUUGUGUUGCGGCGGUGAAAUUCUACGAGACGGCUUUCUCGACGACUCCACGAAGCGAGAACUGUUCGAAAAAGUGGGAGGGACGUUAGAGCUCCAAGCCGGCCGAGCGCUCGUGUUGGAACGCGAGAACUGUUUCGUUCGAGAAGACGAAGAAGAAAAAAAGUGGGAAAUGCCGGGCAUUCUCGGAUCGCACUAUCUCUCUCCGUUUCAAAAAACCAAAGCGAUGUUUGGACCGACGAAAGAGAGAGGCGAGAAAGUGAAACCUGGAGAUGCCGCUAAAGCUGGGUAUUACUCCACGGAAGCCGCGAAAACUUCUUUCCCAAACACUCCGGAAACUAUCGAUUUCUUGUUGCGCGAAUUGAACGAAAAAGUGUACCCUAAAGCGACGACGAUUCAGACGACGACGAGCAAGAAGAAGAAGAAUUUCUUCUCGAUCAAAGACAUCGAUACCGUCGCGUACGGCGUCCGCGUCAACGGAACCCGUACCCCCGCCGGCAGAUUCCCGAAAAUCGUUCAAUUCGAUACUCCAACAACAACAACUAAUAAAAGCGACCAAGAUCAUCAUCCUCGAAGUCGUUUUCUCCCAAAAAAAACAUCAACGACGGUAAAAAAAGUACUCGCGGUCACCGCCGUCGGCGCGAGAGGUUUGCUCUACCACGCGCUGUUAGGCGAGUGGGUUGCGGCGGCGCUCGUUUGUAACAACGACUUUGGAAACCACGCAGUAGUAAACGUGGAAGACGUAAAAAACGAAAAGAAUAAAAAAGACAACGCCAAAGAGUCGUUCGAAACCAUCGUUCCCGAGGCGUUUCGUUAG